GAUUUUUUCAAUACCAUUUCUAUUUAUAUUCAAUUUUAAAUAAAGUUAUAAAUUCUGAAAAAAUAUUUUACAUUUUUUUCUAAACGUGAAAAAUUGUUGUUCUACAAUUACGUUGCAGUAAAUUCGUGUUUUCUGAUAAGCGUGUGGCCAUGACAACAAUAACAAAGAAUGACUGGAAAAUUUUUUUAUAAAUUUAACAUAAUGAAGAUUACUGUAACAACACACGACGACCACUUGUUUGUACUCGACGUAAGCGAGGACUUAGAACUAAUCAAUUUCAAGGCACUUUGUGAAGUAGAAACCGGAAUUCCAUCACAGGAAACUGGGCUUACACACAAUGGUCAGCUUUUGGUUGACGAUUUUAGUACGAUGAAAAACUUGGGUGUUCACGAUGGGGAUGUUAUCAUAAUUCAAAGAGUUGCAAGUAGCGCUACUGCAAUGGAUCAUUCAUUUAGUAGUCCAAGCAAUAACAUGUUACCACAAUUUGACUUUAGCCGUAUUCAAGUGCCUGGUUCAUCUAAUAGCAACACAGACACUAGCAGACAGCAUCAAAUGCAAGAUGCAGAGUAUGUUAGGAACUUAUUUCUCUCCAGUCCAGAACAAUUAGCACUCUUAAAGCAAAAUAAUCCCAGACUUGCGGAUACAUUGUCCUCUAACAAAAUAGAAGAAUUUGCAAAUGUUAUGGCUGAACAAAUGGAAGAACGAAAAAAGCGCGAGGACCAAAGAAUCAGAAUGAUGAAAGCUCAUCCAUUUGAUUCUGAAGCACAAAAAUUAAUAGCAGAAGAAAUACGUCAAAAAAACAUUGAAGCUAACAUGGAAGCAGCUAUGGAAUAUAAUCCAGAAAUGUUUGGAACAGUUGUCAUGCUUUAUAUAAACUGUAAAGUAGAUGGAUAUCCAGUGAAAGCUUUUAUUGAUUCAGGAGCUCAGACUACAAUAAUGUCAUCUGCUUGUGCUGAACGAUGCAACAUCAUGCGUUUAGUUGACAGUAGAUGGGCUGGGUUAGCUAAAGGUGUUGGUGUACAAAAAAUUAUUGGCAGGAUACAUAUGGUUCAAGUUGCAAUUGAAAAUGAUUUUUUAACAACCAGUUUUUCUGUUCUUGAAGAUCAGCCAAUGGACAUGCUUCUUGGAUUAGAUAUGCUAAAAAGACAUCAAUGUUGCAUAGACCUGGAACAUAACGUUUUAAAAAUUGGAACAACAGGGACUGAAACACCAUUUUUACCUGAAAAUGAGUUGCCAGACUGUGGUCGUUUAACUACAUCCAGUGAUCAUGAUGGAACUAAAAAUGAAGAUAAAGAACUAAGAAAAGCUAUAGAUGAAAGCAAAAAAACACAACAAAACGACAAAGAAUUGCCAGCGUCUGAAAAAUCGUUAUUGCAAAAAAUUGUGCGUACGGGUCUUAUAACUUCCAAACAUGAUAUUGAGGUGCAAAGACGAGACCCAAAAUCACCAUUAUAUUCAAUCAAAUCAUUUGAGUUACUUAAACUUCAUCCAAACUUGCUCAAAGGAGUUUAUGAAAUGGGCUAUAAUGCACCGUCAAAGAUUCAAGAAACUGCAUUGCCUUUACUCUUGGCCAAUCCACCUCAAAAUUUAAUUGCACAAUCACAGUCUGGUACUGGAAAAACAGCAGCAUUUGUGUUAGCUAUGUUGAGUAGAGUUGAUCCAGAAUUUCAGUAUCCACAGGUAGUUUGUUUGUCUCCCACAUAUGAAUUAGCUAUUCAAACAGGAGAAGUUGCAGCAAAAAUGUCUACCUACUGUCCAAACAUUAGGCUAAGGUAUGCUGUUCGUGGUGAAGAUGUUGAAAAAGGUUCCAAAAUAGAGGAACAAAUAAUUGUGGGUACACCUGGAAAAGUUCUAGAUUGGGCAACGAAGUACAAAUUUUUUGACCCGAAAAAUAUCAAAGUAUUUGUGUUGGACGAAGCAGAUAUUAUGGUUGAUACUCAAGGUCAUCAAGAUCAAAGUUUCCGGAUUAGAAAGUUAUUACCAGAAACAUGUCAAAUGAUGUUUUUUUCGGCCACAUACACAGAAGAUGUUAUGAGAUUUGCUAAUGCUAUUGCACCUAUGUCUGUCAUCAUAAGAUUAAAACGUGAAGAAGAAACAUUAGAUAAUAUCAGACAAUAUUAUGUUAACUGCAACAAUAAAGAAGACAAAUACAAUGCAUUAGUUAAUAUUUAUGGAGGAGUGACAAUUGGACAAGCUAUGAUAUUUUGUCAGACAAAGAAAAUGGCUUUAUGGCUAGUUAAUCAAAUGGUAGAACAAGGACAUGCUGUUGCUUUAUUAUCUGGUGAACUUACUGUCCAACAAAGAAUUAAUGUUUUGGAUCGUUUCCGAGAAGGAAAAGAAAAAGUUCUGGUUACCACAAAUGUAUUGUCUAGAGGUAUUGAUAUUGAACAAGUCACGAUAGUUAUUAAUUUUGAUUUGCCUGUGACAGUCACCCGUGAACCUGAUUAUGAUACAUAUUUACAUAGAAUAGGACGUACCGGUCGUUUUGGUAAAAAAGGUAUUGCUAUUAACCUUGUAAGUGGUAAUUCUGAUCAUACUGUAUUGAAACAAAUUGAAGAACAUUUUUGUAAACCCAUUGAGUGUCUGAAUACUGACAAUGCAGAUGACAUGGAAAAACUGGGAGCUGAAGAUUAAAUUAUACUAAUUGUCUGUACAUUUUUUUUUUAAUAUCUUGAAAUUGUAAAACAAAUGAUGUAUCAUUAAAACCUGUACUAAGUAAUAUUAAUUUGAUAAAUAUUUGUUUUUACUUAAAUUAAAAUUUGGAUUCAAAACCUUUUUUGAACGAGAA